AUGAAGCCCGCUCUCAAGGAGCGCCGUUACGACACCGCCGUGCUGGAGGCCGUGCAUGAAAUCGGGCUCGCUCUGGCAGGGGCAGACGUCCCAGCCAGCGCCAGCGACAGAGACGGGAUUUGGAUCUUCAGCUUCUUUGCAACUGUGGUGGCUGGGGUGUUUAUCCGGUCGUGGCUCAGCAACCGCCGCCAGAUGCGGCGCUACAAGGCCUGCCAGGACAAGCUGGACGCCCUGAAGCGCGACCAGGCCGCGGUCAGGCGCGGUCAGUACGCCUCAGUCAGUUGCCCCAUUUGCCUGGACGACUUUGAUGAGGCCACACUCAAAGGCGGCAGCAGUGGGAGCAGCGGCAGUUGCAGCAAGGGCAACGCCAGGAUUGGCAGCAGCAGGGCAGCAGAAGUGCCCAGCGGUAGCGUACGCAGGAACAGCGGUGCUGAGCGGCUGCAGCUGCUGUAUCCCGACCUGGUGAGCAACACCAUGGCCGCCCAGUUUCAGCAGGACCUGCAGGAGGACAGGGAGCUUUGCCCAGAUGCACUGGCCGCGUUUGAGGCACGCCACCCAGCACGCGAUGCAGAGCGUCGCGCAGAGCUGCGCGACUCGGGACGUAUGGGUGCCAGCAACUCGUUCGGCGGCGGCAGCGGCGGCUUUGGCGCCGGCACAAGCUGGUAG